UUUUCUCAUUACAUAUGCCUGAAUUAAGUGAAUAUUGAAAUUUUGGGUGUUGAAUUAGAUGAAAAGAUUAAAUUGAAUUUGGCUAAAGGUUAGGUCCCACCAAUUGGUCAUAGCCCAAAAAAGCCAUUGCUCCAUUUUCCCAUAAUCCAGGCUUACCGCAGUGCUAGUCUAAUCAUGGACCAACAAUCUCCGUUCUCCUCGUCCACCACCACAGCUCCACUCCUCCUCCACCACCAGCCAUGGUGGCGCCGCCACUUCAACAUCAAAAACACCCUCUCCUCCGAACUAUCAGGAGCAGUAGGAGACUUGGGCACUUUCAUUCCAAUAAUCCUAACCCUGACCUUGGUCUCCCACUUAGACCUCUCGACAACUCUCAUCUUCACUGCCCUUUACAACAUAGCCACAGGCCUACUCUUCCACAUCCCCAUGCCUGUCCAACCCAUGAAAUCCAUUGCUGCCGUCGCCGUCUCCGAAACCCCACACCUUACCACCUCUCAAAUAGCCACUGCCGGCGCUUCCACCGCUGCCGUCCUCCUCCUCCUUGGGGCUACCGGUCUGAUGUCGACCCUUUACCGUCUCCUCCCUCUCCCUGUUGUCCGUGGGGUCCAGCUCUCUCAAGGUCUCUCCUUUGCCUUCUCAGCAAUUAAGUAUAUCCGUUACAACCAAGAUUUUAUAGCUUCUAAAUCUACCACCCCACGGGCUUGGUUGGGUCUUGAUGGUCUUGUUUUGGCCCUCACAAGUCUCCUCUUCUUAGUAAUCUUCACCGGAUCUGGUGAUCAUCACACUGGAGAUGAAUCUAAUGACAAUGAGUCACGUGGCAGAAGCUCAAAGUGGUCGAGAAUUAUGAGUUCAAUUCCAGCUGCUUUGAUAGUGUUUUUGUUUGGGUUGGUUUUAUGUUUUAUACGUGAUCCUACAAUUUUUAGUGAUAUUAAGUUUGGUCCAUCAAAGAUAGGAUUUUUGAGUAUUACUUGGGAGGAUUGGAAAGUUGGGUUUUUGAAAGGAGCUGUACCACAAAUCCCAUUGUCAAUAUUGAAUUCAGUUAUUGCAGUUUGCAAGUUGUCAGGUGAUUUGUUUCCAGACAGGGAACUGUCUGCUGCUAAGGUUUCUGUGAGUGUUGGAGUUAUGAAUUUGGUGGGGUGUUGGUUUGGGGCAAUGCCAGUGUGUCAUGGUGCAGGUGGGUUAGCUGGACAGUAUAGGUUUGGAGCAAGGAGUGGAUGGUCAGUGGUUUUUUUGGGGAUUGGGAAGUUGGUGAUUGGCUUGGUGUUUGGGAACUCUUUUGUCAGGAUUUUGAGUCAGUUUCCUAUUGGGAUUCUUGGAGUGCUUUUGUUGUUUGCUGGAAUUGAGUUGGCUAUGGCUUCUAGGGAUAUGAACUCUAAGGAGGAGUCUUUUGUUAUGUUGGUUUGUGCUGCUGUUUCGUUGACUGGUUCUAGUUCUGCAUUGGGGUUUGUAUGUGGGAUUUUGCUGUUUCUGUUGCUGAAGCUAAGAAGGUUGCAGUGCUCUGGUUCCAUGUUUAGCAAAUUCAAGUCUGGGUCUGCCAUUGAUGAUGAAACUAGUUCAAUUCCUUAAAGCUGCCCUUGCUGCGGUUGGAUACUGGAGACUGGUCAAUGAGUCUGUAUGUACAAGACUUAGUGUAUCUUUUAUGCUGAUUAAUUACUUGUACACUAGCAUAAUCAUAUGAUGGAAGAUAAUCCACGUGGAUGUAUUCAAUUCUGGCUUAGCAGUUAGUUCAUAGUCUUAUCAGUACAUUUUAUGCAAUGUAUUAUUCUGUUGCCACAAUAAUUGAAGUUUGAUGUAUCAUCUUUCUUGGCAAA